AUGGAAAAAAGGAGGACAGUAGUAAUCAGAUCGAUCAAACUCCCAACGGGUGAUACCAUUCACACAACUGAAGAUGUGGGAGCAGAAGCAGAAAGGUACUACAAAGAUCUAUUCUCGUCUGAGGCCAGCCAAGUUAAUGACGGUCUCCUAGAUUGCAUCCCAAGUCUAGUCACGAAUACGAUGAACAAAGGCCUCUUAAGGUUAUCGAAUAUGGAGGAGGUCAAAGAAGCAGUCUUUGCGAUUCCAAUCAAUAGUGCUCAAGGCCCGAAUGAGUUCUCUGGGGCUUUCUUCUUCUCCUGCUGGGAAAUUAUUAGGGAAGACAUUUUUGAAGCGGCUUGCAAAUUCUUUGAGGGAGGAGCUAUCCCUAGGGCAUUCCAUUGCACAUGGAUAUACCUUGUUCCCCAAAAGACAAACUCUGAAUCCUUUAGGGACUACAGAUCGAUUAGCUUGUGUAACUGUAUCCAAAGGAUAUUCUCUAAAAUCUUAGCAAUUAUGUUAUCAAGGAUCCUCCUAAUUAUCAUCUCUAAAGAACAACGCUCCUUUGUGAGAGAAAGAUCGAUAGUGGAAAGUGUAUCCAUUGCCAGUGAAAUGGCCUUCGAAAUUGACAAAAAAGUCCAUGGGGGCAACUUCAUUCUUAAAACGGAUAUGGAAAAGGCAUAUGAUUGCUUGGAAUGGACUUUCAUUAAUCGGGUCCUAUUUAAGUAUGGCUUUGACCUGAAAUGGAUAUUCUUAGCACAACGAUGCUUGCAAGAAUAUUGGUUUUCGGUUCUUAUCAAUGGAAGACCUUGUGAGUUCUUCUAA